AAUUGAGAAGCAAGGAGGAAAGCAUAGUCAUAGCCAUUACUAUUAGCCCCACAGAGAGGAGUGAAGAACUCAAAAUUUGAAGAAGAAGACAGAUUCUGGAGAACCAGAAACCCAUUUUCCACCAUAAAUUCUCUGUCCCUUCCAAAUUCCCUCCAUAACUCCGACCUGAUAACAUCUCCGUCUCAUGUUCACGACCACCGUCCAUGGCCGCCACACGCACCUCCUUCUUUCGCCAUCUCACCAAACCCACCGUUUCCGAACUCACCAGAACCAUUCGCUCCGCCCACCCCUUUCAUCUUGUUCGAUUCUCCGCCAGGACUGCCAACGACGCCCUUUCCUCUUCCGACGAACUCGUUCAAGGCCCCUCUUGCAUAUUCGUUGGCCCCAUCGAGACCGCCAGUAAAGAAACCCUUGAGGCUCUUUACCUUCAGGCUAGGGAUGCGUAUUACAGUGGUCAACCGUUGAUCGUUGAUGAUAUGUUCGACAGAGUCGAGUUGAAACUGAGGUGGUUUGGUUCAAAAUCUGUGGUCAAAUAUCCUCGUUGCAGUCUUAGACGCCAAUCGACGUAUGCGGAUGCUGAGGAAGAUCUAUCACAGGUUCUAGCAUUAGCAGGCAUAUGGUCAGUGUUCCUGGCACUUGGCUGUUCAGCAUGUCUUGUUCCCUUAAUCUGCACAGCUGAUUUAGUUUUCAAGGAUCCACUCAGUUUAGGACUUUCGUAUAAUAGCCAAGGAUCUGCAUUUGAGUUUCUUUCAGCUAUAAAUGCUAUCCUCUUCAUAGCAUUUGGGUCUCUGAUCGGCUACCCAAUUGCUACAGCUUCUGUGGGAGUACUUCAGGGCUUGUGGAGAAAUGAUUUGGUGGCCCUUAAAGGAGCUUGCCCAAAUUGUGGAGAAGAAGUGUUUGCAUUUGUGAGAUCAGAUCGUGCCAAUGGCUCUCCUCAUAGAUCAGACUGUCAUGUUUGUGAAUGCUUGUUGGAAUUCCGGAUCAAGUUUGAGAAAUCGAGCUCAAGACAAGGUCGACAAUGGGUUUAUGGGCGCAUCUACUUCGUAAGGGGUAAAAGGAGGCGCCAAAGAUAGCUGUAGGAUGUCAACUCCAGACGUAAGAGCAACUUGUCUAUAUUCCACCACAUGAUUCUUGGUGAUUACAAAUCAAGUUAGCUGCUGCCAGUAGUUCAUAAUCUUUCAUCAUCUUCAUCCAAUGUGGUUUGCAUAUUCAAUUUGUAAUCUUUUAUCUCCCAGCCCAAGAACUGAUAGUUGGUCAUAAACAAUUGGAAAAUUGUAGAAAACUUAAAAUAUUCUCA